UUUGUGGUGGUGACUCUAAUUUUCAUUUCAAAGGCAAUUUAAUCAAUGUUCAUUUAUUAUUUUAUUAUUGAGCGGCUUUACACAUUGAAUAGCAUGAAGUGGCUGGUAUGAUAAGAAGAUUUAUCAAGAAACUGUGGAGUUCUAUUCCAAAGAUGAGUGAGACAGUGACUGCUCCCCACAUGAAAAGAAAAACUGAAGAUGAAUCAGAAUCAAUUCAAAAGAAAGUGAAAACCAUUAAAAAGGAACCUGUUCCACAAAUGCAAGGUAAUCCCAAUGCAAAGAGGAAGGUGGCAGUUCUGAUUGCUUAUAAUGGAAAGGGAUAUCACGGGAUUCAGAGAAAUCCCCCCUACCCCUCUAUAGAAGAGGAGUUACUGAAGGCUCUACUGAAGGUUGGAGCCAUCACACAGGACCACUAUGAUAAACCAGGCACUAUACAUUUCCAGCGAGCAGCGAGAACAGACAAAAAUGUAUCAGCAGCCAGUAAUAUCAUCUCCCUCAAGAUGGUGACUAAUGUAGAAAACUUUCUGGAAGUAGUAAACCAGGAAUUGCCAAAGCAGAUAAGAAUAUUUGGGUUCAAGAGAACAACAAAGGGGUUUGACUGUAAGACACAGUGUACAGGACGCACUUACAUGUAUGUCUUACCAACGUAUGCCCUCGCUCCAGAAAAAAUGAAAAUAACAGAAGAAUACAGAACAACAGAUGAAAUUCUGGCACGUGCAAAUGAUGUUCUGAAAUUAUACACAGGAACUCACAACUUCCACAAUUUUACCUCAGGAAUAAAGCCCACGGAACAGAAAGCUAAGCGGUACAUUAUAUCGUUUGAGUGUGGAAAGCCUUACAUCAGAGAGGGAGUAGAGUUUGUCACGUGUAAAGUCCGAGGCCAAAGCUUCAUGCUGCAUCACAUCAGAAAAAUGAUAGGACUGAUGAUUGCCAUAGUGAAGGGCUGCUGUAAGGAAGAUGUGUUACAGUUAGCUUGGGGACCAGAAAAGGUAGAUGUUCCAAAGGCUCCAGGAUUGGGUUUGCUGCUAGAUGAGUUGUAUUUUGAUGGCUACAACAAGAAGUGGGGGAGAGAUGGACUACACGAGCCUGUAGAAUGGUCUCAGUAUGAGGAGGAACUGGAGAAAUUUAAAGAGGAAUACAUAUUGCCAGAGAUUUAUAAAGGAGAGAAAAAUGAUAAAGUUAUGUGGGAUUGGCUGAAGACUCUACACAUGCACAGCUUUGAUGUGGAAAGUAACAACCGAAGACACAGGAACCAGGAUCCAGAUUCCUUAAGCAGUACUAAUGACGCAGACAGUUUACUUAAAAAAGAAGUGACAAAUACAGUCAAAACUGAAAUGUCAGGAGAGGAUCAGAAAAUUGUGGUAGAUGAAAACACUGAACAUUGUGAAGAACCAAACUCACAGAACCCUACAGAGAAAGACUCAGAUGUUGACAUUAAAAUGGAACAGGAUAAUGACUCAGAAGUUGACAUUAAAAAGGAACAGGAUAAUGACUCAGAAGUUGACAUUAAAAUGGAACAGGAUAAUGACUCAGAAGUUGACGUUAAAAAGGAACAGGAGAAUGACUCAGAAGUUGACAUUAAAAAGGAACAGGGCGUGGAACCAACAGAAGGAGACAAAAUAGUGUUACAGUAGCUUUCAAUGCUAAUAAAAGUUUUACAAAUAUACGGUUCUUCAUUUUGAUCUUUUAAACUUUCUCCUUGUAUUUACUAUUUUGUAGAAGUCAUAUACGAUAUAACAGCCUUGGUAGCAAAUACAACCUGACAAAAGUGUGUUGACUGACUUGAUGCAUACUUUAUAGGCCUCUGUUUUUA